CUCUGAUUAUCUGGAUAUAGAAAGCAAUUGGGCAACAUAUUCGAAGAUCAGAUCUAAAUACUUUUACGGAGUAAAACAUCAAUUUGUACGCCAUUUCCACAAUGUGUUCUGAUAAAGUCGCCAAAUUUUUAUUAAUUGUAUUGAACAUAAUAUUUUUGGUAUUUGGUGCUAUAUGUCUAGGAAUCGGAAUAUGGGUUAAAGUGGACCAAAGUUCUUUAAUGUAUAUAACUCGAGCGGCAACCAAUAACAAGUCCAUAAAUAUUCCCUCACUCAUAGAAAGUGCCGCUUAUUUAUUAAUAGGUGGGGGUGCUAUAAUCUUUGUGAUCGCUUUCUUUGGGUUUUUUGGUGCCAUCAAGAAGAUUAAAUGUUUUCUUUUCCUAUAUGCAAUAUUUAUAUUGGUUAUAUUAUGUCUAGAAGUUUCGGCUGCUAUCUUAGCAAUUGUCUUCAAAUCAACAUUUGAUAUGUAUGCUAAAAAAUACCUCACUAAGGCUUUAACAGAUCAGUAUGUCGGCCCUUACAUUGCUACAGAUUCUCUAUCGCUAGCUUUUGAUUACGCUCAAGUCAAGUUUAAGUGUUGUGGUAUCCACAAUAGUUCAGAUUACUCGACAUUUUCUACAUGGAACACAACCUGGACUCAAUCUUCCACUGGGACUCAGGGUACUGCUAUAAUUCCAUUUACCUGUUGUAUCAGCAGUUCCCCUGACUCGUAUCCCACUGAAAUGAACACCUUUAUCAAUGGAAUGGCAGAUGACAACUGUCCUGUAUCACAAGCCAGUGCCUAUACCGACGGAUGUUAUGAUGCUUUGUGGACGUUUUUUAAAACAUAUCUUUAUGUAACACUGGGUAUAGGAAUUACAGUUGCUGUACUUGAGUUUAUCGGACUUGUGUCGGCAUUUGUGUUAGCUUGUACAACAGACAAAAAUAAAGUAGAGGAUAUGAGAAAAUAUUGAAUAAAUCAACAGGAGUGCUGUGAUAUACUAUGAUUAACUCUGAUGAAUCUGAUAUACUGUGAUAUACUGUUUUGUGUACCACACAGGUAAACAACUUCCAUAGGACUAGUUGAACCAAGUCUAUGCCCCCCAUUUGGCUCCGCCACUGCUUUUCUUUUUAAAGGGUUGGGGCCCAUGGUUCAACCAGUCCCUUUGCGUUGAAGUUGAGAUACUGUGUGGAUCGGGGUAAGGUUCUCAUCUAUUGACGAAUCGGUAAGAUAAUCUUUUGAAGAUGACCAUAGCAAAGUAUGUUUUCAACCAUAUUCGCAGCCGCGAAAGCAAGUUUUUCGGGCAAAAAUCUCAUGACUAGAAAUUCGGGCAAUCUCUGAUCUUCCUGAAUUAUUUGUUUAUCUUGUAAAUCUCUCCAGAAGUAUAGUAUGUAAUUUCAUCUCAAAUUUAUGUAUUCCAAUACUUAAUCCAUUGUCUCAACUUGUGACCUAGGUCAGUGCUUCUAUAAGAGAGUAUGUCUUAUAAAACCUUAUACUGCCCAUUGGUAAAAAGUAGCCUCAAACAAUAACAUAUUUACACAAUGUUGUUUUCAAUAAACAAAAAAUAUUUGUAAAAACAUAUUUUAUGAAAAAGACCUAUUAACCGAGAAUCGUCAUCUUAUUUAAUUUGAUUGUUUAUCACUGUCUAUAGAAUGACGUCUGGUUCCAUCCCACUAAGGGAUAUUAAGGUCUAACUGCUGUUUGCCAUAUUAUUUCAAGAAGCAAAGCAAACAAAUAAAGUUCCACCGUGGCUAAAAGAAAGUGACCAAGGAAUUAUACUCAUUUGAGAACGUUACCUGUAUGUGUAAUGAAACGUUGUAUUUAAAUAAUAAAUAGAAGUUUAUAUCCG